AUGGGUAAGUAUUUCAGUCUCUCUGCGGCGAGGUAUGACACCAUUAAUGUCUUCUCUUUGGCAUCAGGACAGCUGUAUGAAAGAUUUCUGAACAUCAUGAUGGUCUCUGUUGUAAAGAAUACAGCAAAACCUGUAAAGUUCUGGCUUCUAAAAAACUAUCUAUCUCCUCAGUUCAAGGAAGCCCUCCCUAUACUAUCGAGUACAUACGGCUUUUCUUAUGCGCUCGUUGAAUAUAAAUGGCCAAGAUGGUUGCAUCAACAGAAAGAGAAGCACAGGAUCAUGUGGGGGUAUAAGAUUCUUUUCCUCGAUGUCUUGUUCCCGUUGGAUGUAAAAAAAAUUAUAUUUGUGGAUGCCGAUCAGGUUGUUCGUGCUGACCUCAUGGAACUGAUGGAAUUAGACCUCGAUGGCGCGCCUUACGGGUAA